UUCUUUGUUUGUUCGCAUAAAAGAUUGUAAAAUUUAUUUAUUUAUAUACUUAUAACGAAGUUUUAAUCUUGUACAUCAUGAUGGACAUUGAGAUGAAUGCUGAAUUGGAGGGGGAUGAUGAAAGUGAAAGUAGUCAACCAUCCUCGGAGGGAAGCUCGGCGAGUAGCACUUUUUGUAUUUUGGAGAAAGAUUAUGCCAGAAUAAUAAACGAAAUGAAUGCCAAUGAAACACUGGCUGCAUUCAAGGCUGAAUAUACGAGACUUUAUGAAUCUCUUUAUAAGGCACACAGAAAUGAAAAAGAAUUAUCGGAUCAAUGUACUUUACUCAAGAAUGAAAUUAUGGAUAACACAUAUAAAAUGUACGAGUUGAAAAAAACAAUCGAUGCCUAUGAAGAUGAGAUAAUUAAUUUGAAAAAAGAAGUUACUAAAACAACGAAACUAGCAGAUGCGAUACAUGCACGCGAACAGGAUGCACAGGAGAUGAUUGAGAAUUUGCGAUUGAAUGUUACGAAAUUGGGUCUGGAGCUCGAACAAAAAAAUAAACAACUAGCAAUUGAGAAAGAUAUAACCGUUAGUAAGCAAAAGGAAAAUUUAUUGAAGGAAAGAGAAAAACUCAUUGGUGAGAUAGAGACCAUGCAACAACGUAUAAAAAACAUGUCUGCUUAUAUACAAGAACUUGAAAAAAAGAGUAGCGAAAUUGAUCAACAGAUGAUAGAAAUGCAGGAAACUAUCAGUAUACAGUUAAACGAAAUCUCACGAGAGAAAAGAGUCCGAGAAAGAGCAGAAACAGAGGUGCGACAGCUUCAGGAAGAGAUCACUAUAAAGAACAAUGAACUCGAGAUUUCAAAGACAGCUAUUGAAAUCAAUGUAAAUAAUCUGACAAAACUGGAAGGUUUGAUAAAGGAUCAAAAACUAGCUAAUGAAAAGAUGCAAACGGAAAUCAACAAGCUCAUAUUAAAAAAAAAGAAUUUGCAAACAGAUCUCAAUAAUACUAUCGUUGAGACAGAGAAACUAGAAAAAGAGCUUUCUGAUAAAGAAAAACAGAUAAAGGACAUCAAGCAUGAGCUAAGCAGAACAAGGGAGGAUAGCGCAAAGUGUAAGCGUGAGAAGGAUCUGACGGAUAAGCGAUUGUUGAAAUGCGAAUCCGAGCGAACUAGGCUAGAACAGGAAUUAAAACAAAGUCUAAUUAAUGUGAAGAAUGCGGAAUACAAGGUUCAAAUUUGUCAUAAGGAAAAGCUUGAGAAUAAGCAAUGGAUCGACAUUUUAUUGCGAGAGAAGAAUGCUAUUAUCCGCAGCAAAGAAAACGCCUACGAGCGAAUCAAACGACUGAAUCACGAGCUUCUGUUGUGCGGACAUAGCAAGAAGAAGAUCAAAAGCGAACUAGAUAUACUAACAGAAAUCAUUGACAACACGAAGAAGCAAAUGCAAGUUGUGGAAAAGGAAAGAGACAAAUACAGCUCGGCAGUGCAAGGAUUGGAGCAGCAGCUAGAAAGUUGUGUAAAUGAAAUCACACAAAAAAAGGUGGAGAUAUUCGAUUAUAAGAAACGUUUGGAAGACAUUGAAACAAAGUACCGUCAGCAUCAAAGCUUAUUUGAGGCCAUGCGUGCAGAACGAAAUGUAUAUAGCAGAAAUCUAAUUGAGGCGCAAGAGGAAAUACGAAAUUUAAAAAACAAACUGCAGAUUACAAGUCAACAAAUCGAGCAAUUGAAAGAGGAUAUUGCGACGAAAGAAACCAAUCUUAUAAAGGAAGAAUUCUUAUUAGGGAGAGUUGAGAAAGAGAAAGAGGGACUUAAGAUUGAUCUACAAGCUUCUCAUGUGGAGAUAUCCAAUUUGCGCCAACAAAUUCAGGAGGCAAAUAAAAAUGAAAAGGCUCUUAGAUUUGCAAUACGACAGGCUGAUAUAGACCUCGGACGUCGACGGAAAGACAUUGAUAAUGUUAUGAAUGAACGUGACAUACUUGGUACACAAUUAGUCCGAAGAAAUGAUGAACUUGGUCUUCAAUACAAUAGGAUAAAGGUUUUAAAUAGAACAUUACAACGUGGUGAACAGCAGUAUAAUCAAAAGUUGGAAGAUAUUCGAUUGCUUAAAUUCGAAGUAAAGAAGCUUAGAACUGAGAAAGCAUUACUUACUAAAAACCUUUGUAAUGUUAGCGAUUUGCGUCAGGAAGUUUUCUAUCUGAAUCGUGACCUUGCAAAAGAAAGACUCAAAGUCACUGCACUUGAGGAAGAAAUUCAAACUCCAUUGAAUAUACAUAGAUGGCGAAAACUCGAAGGAACAGAUCCUACUACUUUUGAGCUUAUUAAAAGAAUACAUAUUCUGCAGAAGCGUAUUAUAAAAAUAUCCAGUGACAUGAUCGAUAAAGAAAGAAAAUUAAAGAAUACCGAGAAAUUAUAUACGAAUAUUCGUAAUAUCUUAUCAAUACAACCAAAUCAGCAAAUGGCAAACUUCGAUAAGAUUCACAGUACCUUGCGUAAAAGAGGAAAGAAAAUUAAAUGUUUUAUCGCGGAAUUAAAUAUGUAUGAAGCACAUAUAGAAGAGAACAAACAAGAUAUGACAAAAAUGACCAAUGAAAUGUAUCAGUUAAAAGAAAAGUACUAUACACAAAAAAAAGAGCUUCAGAAAAUGAACGAUAUGAGAAUGAAUCUAAAAUCCACAUACAAACCCAUGUUUCCAAACAUUUUGGUAUCUAAUGAAAAAUUUUAUGGAGGUGGCUUUAAAAUAACAACAUCUAGAUCUAAAAAUUAAUUUACCACGAAUUCUUGACCAAGCAGAUAAGAUUAUAUAUAGAGCAAAGUAAUUGCU